CAGUGUCAGGUGCAGGAGGCGGGGGCUCUCCGGUUUGAUACACAGACGGACUGAGACUCGCCACUGCUGUGCUGAAAGUACUGUGAAAUAAGAGACGGAGAGAGACCGGAUUUAAUCCACUUGAGACCGAUAUACGAGCCCCGUCUGCCCGGAGACGUGAACAACAACAGCCAGCCAUGUCAGGCAGCGAGGUCCGACUGCUCCGCCGGGAUCAUGCCCAGGGCAGCAGCAGCAGCGCAAGCCCGGGCCCGGGGGCUCGGAUGCCGGUCUGGAAGCGAGAGAUCCUGGAGCGGAGGAAAGCGAAGAGCGGCGGAGCAGCAGCAGCUACCGAGCCCGGCUCUGUUACUGCAGCGACAUCAAGCGCAGCAUCCGCCGGCUCCGGCCCCUUCACCGUCAACGGGGAAAUAUCUUCCGCUCACGGCGUUUAUUUUAUUAAUCAGCAGCACAGUGCCACGCGUAUCGGUAGCGGCGGAGGAGACAGCAACGUGCCCACGGCGGCGGAGCUGACAGCCGCGACACACAAAGACCCUGCACAGCUCCCGCACUCGGAGAGGGGCAGCGAUGCGUUAUUAUUAUCAUCCUCGCUUCCCGACGGCGAGGAUGCAGGCCCCGCCCUGCAGCAGCACGGAGACGGGGGUGAGAGGCUGAUCCUGCAGGAGAGCCUGGGGUCCCUUCAGGAAAACCCCUUCAUCAUACUGGAGAAGGAGAGGAGGAGGAGGAGACACCAGGACAGGGGAGCGGGCUCCUGGCCCAUGCAGCACAUCCUGGAGAUGUACGCCGGCGUGCCCGGGAUCAAAACCAUCCGGGCGGAAAACAUCAUCAUCAUCGAGUCGGACCCGGACUACUUCCACGAGGGGGGGGGCUUCGGCAGCACCUCGGGCUCCAUGAGCGAGCUGCUGGACAGGAGAGGCAGCGCGGUGACGGAGAUCCGCGCGCGGGAGGUGCUGCUCUACGACUCGGCGCUCAGCCGGAGCGAGGAGAACCUGAGCACCCUGGAACCCGGGCUCGGCCCCAGCCAGGGCAGGGUGAGCCGCAUGCUGCAGAAGUUCGAUCGCAACUACUGCGGGAGGCUGCAGUCGAAGUCUCGCAGCACUGAAGACCUGCUCCUGGAAUCGGAGCCACGCCCUCCUCCCAGACCCAAGCCAGCCCCCCUGCCAAAGAUGCCGAGCCAAGCCUCUUCCUCCCCCAGGGAAGAGAGACCCCAGACUGUCUUCCAGCGCCCCCCUGAAAGUGAACACUCCAGACCCCCUCAGAGUCUGGGGGUGGCGUCUCACCUCAGUAAAGCCACGCCCCCCAGCAGUGACUCCCCAGUGUCCCCCCUCACCCCUACCUCUCCCCCUGGAGUGGGGGGCAGCCAGCUGUCUGUGUCUUCCUACAGAAAACACUUUGAAACUGGGGGAGCGUCCCGGACUAUAGUGGUGAACCCCAGAGAGAGGGGGGACAGGAGGCAGCCCCUGACCAAUGGGCUGCACUCACCCCAACACGGGCUGGGUGCCCCGAAAGAGGCCCCAGCUAGUUCAUGCCACGGCCAUGCCACGGUGCCAUCAGCCAGCGCUUCCAGCAGCAGAGAGUCUGGGAAUGUGGGCUCAGCCAGGGAGGAGGAGGAGCCCCGUGCCACGCCCCCGCUCUCCCCUCAGCACAAACUCCAGCCCCCCUUCUCCAGCUCCAGUGCCAGCACCACCCCCAACCAACGGAGGGCGGUGUCCCAUUCCACCAGCAGCAACGACUCCUUCGAGAUCCGCCAGGCGCCCAAGCCGGACAUGUCCUGCAUCCCGGAGGGGGACAUCCAGGCCAGAGCCCUGGCCAACAUCCGGCUGCAGUCCAAGAACUCGUUCACCAUCAUUCCCAAACGCCACGGCCUCGCUGCGGCCGCUGCCGGGGCUGACAGCCGGGCCAGGGCGACGGCUGGAGCAGCAGCCAAAACCAGCACUGUGCCAGCCAGCAGCCCGGCCCAGGAGAGGAAAACCAGCACUGUGCCAGCCAGCAGCCCGGCCCAGGAGAGGAAAACCAGCACUGUGCCAGCCAGCAGCCUGGCCCAGGAGAGGAAAACCAGCACUGUGCCAGCCAGCAGCCUGGCCCAGGAGAGGAAAACCAGCACUGUGCCAGCCAGCAGCCCGGCCCAGGAGAGGAAAACCAGCACUGUGCCAGCCAGCAGCCCGGCCCAGGAGAGGAAAACCAGCACUGUGCCAGCCAGCAGCCCGGCCUGGGAGAGGAAAACCAGCACUGUGCCAGCCAGCAGCCCGACCCAGGAGAGGAAAACCAGCACUGUGCCAGCCAGCAGCCCGGCCCAGGAGAGGAAAACCAGCACUGUGCCAGCCAGCAGCCCGGCCUGGGAGAGGAAAACCAGCACUGUGCCAGCCAGCAGCCCGGCCCAGGAGAGGUCUUCAGAAGCUGGAAGCCGUUUCCUUCCAGAGGGGGGCGAGGUGGAGCAGCCUCAGCCGGCAACGCCCUCCAAACAUGAGCGCCGUCCGUCUGUGGAGUCUCUACUCUUGGAUGCGCGAGAGAAGGGGAGGCCCCAGGAGAUACCCGCCUGGUCAGCUGAGCCCCCUCCGGUGAGCCCCCCUCCCAGUGCUUCCUCCCAGCCGGCUCCCACAGAGGAACGAACAGCAGAACCAGCUCCCCCCUUCCAGAGAGUAGCAGUGGUAGCUCCCAUCGCCGUCCCCACGGCAACGAGCCCCAAAGCUGAGGAAGAUGAAGAGAGUGGGAGAGCCUCGGAGGAGCUGCUGCCGGUCACCAACAUCGACGACAUAGUGGAGGGUCCGGAGGAGCCCGUGCCUGUCACUGAGAUCCGCAGUCCAGCUCCCAGCAACGGAUACCUGCAGCGCAGGACCGGCAACACCUUCACUGUGGUGCCCAAGCGCAAGCCGGCCGCCCAGGAGCAGAGCAGCACCAGCACUGCCCCCGACCCCCUGACCCCCCCAGGGCCACAGGGCUCCCAGGACGGGGCGCAGGGAGGGAAGGAGGCUCCCUUCGCCAGCCUGGGGGCCAUGCUGAAGAAGCGCUACCCAGCGGUGGAGGAGAUCCAGGUGAUCGGAGGGUACCAGGUGCUGGGCCGGUCCUGCCUCUCCAAGACUGGCUCCUCACGCAAGAAGAUGAAGAUCUCGUUCAGCGAGUCGAGUCUGCACACCACCUUCGAGUACCCCUCGGAGAGCUCCAUGAUGGAGGGGGACCCCGAGAGUGACGAGGAGGAGGAGGAGGAGGAGGAGGAGGCGGCCCAGCUCUUCAUCCCCAGAGCCAGCUACCCCGUCUCGCCCGGCCCCCAGAGCGCCGGUAACGCCAGGAACUCGGCAGGCCUGUCCAGCUACACUCCCAAGCACUCUGUGGACUUCAACCAGUGGCAGGACCACAAGCACGAGGACAACGUUUCCUCGGGGGACUCCUCACCGGGACACGCUGACCUCUCCAUGGAUGAAGUGAUGCUGACCCCAGCAGCAGACAGCAGCUCCCUGUCGGAUUUCAGCAGUGAACCCGCCCUCUAUUUCUAACCAGCGCAGCCUGAGAGAACCGCGCAGCCUCUCCUUCUGAACCAGCAGAGCCUUGCUGCCUCCCUCUCUCCUCCCCAGCCGGGCUGUUUGAGGGGAGAAGCUGCUUUCCAGAGGCAGCGCGGAGCUCCGUGGAGAGGGAGCUUCUGUUGGGCUGGUUCCUGUGGCUCAGAAAGUGCUGGAGCUGAGAUUUAUGAUCAGAGCCCAGAUCCACGACAGUGUGCCGCUAUAAAACCCAACUGCCAGAUCAUCAGUAAUGUUAAUGAAAGAAAUCAAAGUGUGGACUCCUCUGACAGGCAGGCUGUCCGGAGAGCUCUGGGUGUGUUAACUGGGUCCACAGCAGCUCUUGUCGUUCUCCAAGCUGUUCUGUAGGGUGGCGUUGCUAUCCCAAGCCAGACAGGAUGGGAAUGGCUGUGUUCGCUCGCUCUGGACUCGUUUCACUUCACCUGAAGCCUGCACCUUUUCAUUGUGUCAUCGAGUGUGAAGGAAGCUCCUCCUCGUUCGCUCCUCACCUGUCUGCUUCACCUCUCUGGGUUUUGUCCUGUGUAAUUGAUCAGUGAAGUGCCAGUCUGAAAACCCCAAAUUAUUCACGUCUCUGAAGAAUGUUCCAGUUGUAUGUCUUUGUCAGAUCUUUUGUGUUAGUUUUGUGUUGUUGCUGCUCCCUCCUCAUUCUUGACAUGCUCACUGUUAUUAGUUUGUUGUCUCGGUCCUUCCUGGCGAGGGCUCUGUUCUCAGUGCUGCACUUUGUUCUCUCAUGUGGUUCAGAAGCCGUUCCCUUGUCUGUUAAAGCCACGGGAAUGAAGGAGACGAGAGGAGCUGGAAACGGAUCGAGACAGGGCGCUCGCUCCUCGUUUGUUAUUUGCACUCUUCAUUUUGCACUUGAUGUGGGGAGACAGACGGCUGGGCAGUGCCUGCUCUUCAUUAAUAUAUAUAUAGAUAGAUAGAUCUAGAAUCUUAUCAGGAUGAAAUAAUACACAAGUCACAUUGGGCUCGUUCCGGUAACAUUGUUGCAUCCUGCCCUUCUGUCCCUCGUACGAGGAGACUCCUGCAGAUAAACGCGGCCCGUGUCAGGGCACCAGCACUCCCAGGACCCUGAGUGAGCCGCAGGGCCGCGAUUUGGUUCAUUUCAAUCCAGUAUUGAGGUCUUAAUCUGUACAGGUUGUGAUGCACUGAUACUAAUAAGACUACUGUAGACUUUCCAUAGCACUGAGCAGACACUGCAAUAUUCUCCACAGACUUUUUAUGCAUUAAUAGAUCUGUCUGGUACUUGAAUCUGCUGGAUUGAAGAAUUUAAUAAUCGUAUCAUUUGUAUCUUUAAAAGAUUUUUUUUCAUAAUAUUUGUUCAACUGGAAAUAAUAAAAGUACUUGAAGCAGCA